AUGCGAAAUCGAAAGAAUACUAAGGAUACCAGUCUGAGAAUGCCGCCGAAAGAGAAUCGCCAGUAUGAUAUCUCGCUACGGAAGGAGAACGAGCUACGAAGGCGGAGGCAACAGAACGACGGUAACGAGAACAACGGCAACGCAGGGCCAGUCGCACCCACCAUACUAGCAGCAUCAACGGCAACUGUGGCACCAGCCAGACCUGAUGCAAAUCUUGAUACAAGGGAAGACAGUAUGAUGGUUGAUGAUGAGGCGGAUGUGGCGAGAGAACAGGAGGUUGAGCAGGAGGCGGAGGAGGCAGUAGAAGAUGGCGUACAGAAGCCGCACCGCGAACCUGUUCCUGAAGAUGAAGAAGAGCUGCUUAACUACUUGACUGAACUAGACGACGAAGUAGCUGGACCGGCGACUGCGAGUGAUCCUCCUCCUCCUCCUGUGGGUAAUGCAGCUGCGUCGGCGAUCGCACCUGUCCCGGCCCCUGCUCUGACGGACGCUCAACGAGUAAGACAAGAGACGAAUGCCAUGGCUAGGAGUUGGGGUCCACAGUUCAGUACCCUGAGCGGCUGCAUACCGGCAAAUACAUGGCUCAAAGGUCAAACGAAGGACUUGACUGAACACACAUGUGAACCAGACACCCUUAAACAACUGCGGAAGCUAUCCGACGCAACUCCUAAUCUCGGCAAAGAAGUCAGAAAGAAAAUUGAGUCGCGCUGGAACACGAGAAAGUCAAAGACUGGCGAUAUAGGUAGUACGCCGGCUGAGAAACAGAAGAGCCUGCGCGAUGAUUUGGAGAGGAUACUAAAGGAGUACGAGAAGCAGGCCGAAGCUCAGGGCAAAGGCAAGAAGAGAUCUGCAGGAGAUGACGGUAAAGAGAUGUCUGAGCGCAGGAAGACCUUGAGGCAUAGCGCAAAGCCGAACUACAACGACCUAGAUCCUCACCGCCUACAUCAAGACGACGACGACGACUCUGGCUCAGGUUCCAGUAUUAUACUCCACGACGGCCCAGCCCCGAAGAAGGCAGACGAUGGCGGAAAGGCAGCGGCAAGCGCAAAGCAGAACGGCAAAGCAGCAGCGACUGGAACAGCAAACAACGCCACGCAAGCUACAGUACUCACCGAAUCACAGAGAGGACGGGCACUCAGUGACAUCUAUAUCAACUGGAACAUCUACCAGUUGCAUCUCGACUUCCCCCGAGGCCUCUUUCCAGCCAACAUAACGAGCGAUACGGCUAUCGACCUCAGACUCGUCGCACGAUUGCUUGACCUUUCCAACCUUCACGAUGAUUCUCGGCAGGCGUUUGCUCUUAUGGAACGGAUCAGGGCUCACUUGAUGCAGAGUUUUAUAAGGGCGAGAAGUACAGAUGAAGCCAUUGCUUUCCUCGCACAGUUUGAUGGGCCGACGCAUGCCGCAGUACCGACACCAGGGGGAUCAACGACCAGGCUCACUACGGCAAUCACAAGGGGAGGACGUAGACUCAGCGCCGCUGAAAUGCUAGCAAGGCAAUCGACGAUUGAUGAUGAUUCGCGCGGAGAGCCACUCCUACUCACCUUCGAAGAAAGGGAGCGCAGGCGCCGAGACCGCGAACGUUAUCCUCCAACUGCACCUCUCUUAACAAACCAAUCAUUCCGAGCUUCGCAAGAUGCGACGCAGCCUGCUGCACAACUAGGAUUAUCGCGUUUCGAAGGCGGUGUACUGACUAUAGGAUCGAUCUGGACGCUACGCCGUGCUCUCAACGACAGCAGGCAAGCUGAUCAACGCAUUCACUCGGCCCGUCGUAGAUACGAGCAGGCCGUUCUCAAUGGACAGUCCGUUCAGGAUCAAGCCGCUCUGCUGUUGGGAAUUGAAGCAGCUAGAAGAGUGAGUGACGAAGCAUAUGCGAGGACGGACGAGUUACAGGGACGCUGGGUAGGAGCACGGUCGAGACGGAGUACGAUGGGUGAUGGUCUUGGGGGUCUUUCCGGUAACGUUGAAUUGGGACGCCGCGCGCAGGCUGAGGGUGUUGGUGAGGAGGGAAGCGGAGAGGGACAGCAGGAAGGGGGCGGUGGAGAGAGUGGCGGAGGAGGUCUUGGAGAAGGUAGGAAGAAAACGAAGAAGCCGCCGCCGCCGAAUUCAAGCAACUCUCAAGACAUCACCAACGCAAUGCCACCAAAGACGCCCAACCUCAAGGGAGCCGAACCCCCUGGAGACACCCAGGCCGAAGCCCUGGAACGAAGACAGGCGAUCGCCACCAUUAUCGCAAACUGGGGCCAGGCUUUCUCCACCAUGCGCAACUGGAUGCACGUCGACACUUGGCUCCAGGGUAGUACGGAGAGAAUGACAGAGUUCACCUGCGACAUGACGACUAUACGCGCUUUCCGAGAUCUAUCGCGUAACACUCCGAAUCGGGGCCAAGAAGUCAAAGACCAAAUCGAGCAGUAUUAUGUUCGGAGAUACCACAACAAAAGCGCAGGACCCAUAGGAAGCACAAAGUCGGAAAAGAUGGGUCACAUCUGUCAGGAUUUGCAGAAACUACUCGCGGGCGCCUUCAUAGACCGAGCGAAGUUCAAAGCCAACAACACGAAGAAGAGACCAGCAGCGGGAAAGGGGCCUGGGAAGAAACAGGCUGCCAGGAAGAAGACAAAGAAGAACACCACUACCGCCAUCCCCAUCGCCAGCAACGAUCAAGAUGAAGAUGACGCGAUCACAUCCGAGGAAGAAGACAUCGUCGUUCCCGAAUCAGACGAAGCAGAAGACGAUGAGCCUCUUCCAGCACCCAAUCCUAAGCCUGCAGCCAAGCCAGCGAAUAAUGGAGCGGCAAAUGAGUUCAGACGAAGACUAAGAUCGCACGGAAAGGACGAAGCAGAAAAAGAAGCACAGCAGACAGAAAGGGAAAAGAGUAACGCAAACGAAGCAGAAGCCGACGACGACACUUCAAGCAUCUUCAGCGAAGCACCCGAAGCCCAGACCAUACAUACGACAGAUGAUAAAGACUCGGCACUCGUCCUCAUAUACUCCAACUGGCAGAUCGUCUCACUGCACAAAGACUUCCCAGCUAUGCUACGCGGAGGCGAUCUUAAUGCUCCAGAGGAUACUGGUAUUGAAGAUGUGAUCAUCGAGUUGCUUCGCGACUUGUCCGAACGUUUUCCUACUAAGCGACAAGGCAAGAAGAUCAGCGAGGAACUGGAAAUGCGCUGCAAGAGGAUGAAACGGUAUAGUCUCAAGGCAGUUUAUCAAGCUAUCACUGCUACUGCUAGGAGCUACCGCUGGGCAUCGGUAUCGGAGGACUCGCUUGGACUAUCAGCCGAUGAAGGCGAUCAGAAUGAGCAAGGCCCUCCACCCGAGGUAGCGCGGCCAGAGGCAGUACCAACAGCGUCACGGCCAGAUAAACAACGACGUUACGCCGCACGAAGUGAUGAAGCAUCGUUCGAGAUGCAAGCAGCCUGGGAUGCAGUAGUAGUCGCUGAAGCGGCGGUUAAAGUAGCGCAAGCCAAGCGUGCUCGCGCUGCUUUUAAGGGCGAGAGUGCAUACCAGCAAGCCACUCGCCAGUUGAGAGUUUCCGAAGAACAGCUUCGUGUUGCUGAGGCAUAUGCAUGUGCGAGGAGUCUUGGAAGACCCCAGAGAGUGGGUGAGACGGUUGGGCCGGGUGGGGAUGAGCGCUGGCAGAGACAGAGUGGUGAUGGCGGAGGUGUGGAAGAAGGGCGAGAGCAGAACCGGGAAGGUGGAGCUGGCGAGGGUGGAGAUGUUGAAGAAGAUGUCAGGGAAGGAGAGGGCCAUGGAGAAAGUGAAGGGAAUGAAGGAGAAGACGGGUCUAUCCCUACCGGUUCGCGGACGUCGUAA